CGUGUUUUUUUUUUAUUAUUAGAUUCACAGAUAUUUAGACAUUACAAAUCACACUUUCUAUUUAUAUAAUAAUUGUAUAAUAAAUAAACAUCCAGUUCAUACAUAUGGUGUAUCCUUAAAGGACUUUGACCUGUGGAGCAAUCAGACUUGUAACACCCCUAAUAGAAAUACUGUAAAGUUUUACCACCGAAUGAUUUACUGCCUGCGAAUCAAAGCAGACUUUGUCACAACAUUAGCGGAUGUUUGGUCUUGCUUUAAAAAAUAAAAGCCUUGUUUUGUGGCGAUUGUUCUUAUAGUCUAAAUAUCUUGUAUUUUUGAAAUCUCUAUCCAUAGUUUUUGUUUUUGUUUUAAAAGUACAGACCAUUUACAAUAAAGCUCCGGUUUCUCUGUAAGCCGCGUUCAGGUCUCUGGGCUGUUCCAGUUAGACUCCCUGUCCCAGUGAGAAGUCAGGACUUUUACUUUCUCACUCAGCUUCCUGUGUGUCACUGAUUUAUGUGUAAUGUGUGUAUGCGUGUGUGUGUGUGUAAUGUGCUGACGCUGCUGCUGCAGCUGCUGUAAAAUUAACUGGUCGCAGCCUUCAGGGACACCUCUUGUGCGGAGCAGCGGAGCGCACACCCCAACAACCAUGGCAGCAGAACUCUCCACAUCCAUUAACAUCAAGGAGCCUCGCUGGGACCAGAGCACAUUUAUAGGUCGGGCCAAGCAUUUCUUCACCGUCACAGACCCCAGAAACGUCCUCCUCACCAACGAGCAGCUAGCAAAUGCACACAAAAUCAUCACUGACUACAGGGAAGGAAUAGUGUCUCCAGGGCUGACAGAGGACGAGCUGUGGAGAGCCAAAUAUGUCUUUGACUCAGCAUUCCAUCCUGACACCGGGGAGAAGAUGAUCCUGAUUGGCCGCAUGUCGGCGCAGGUUCCAAUGAACAUGACGAUAACUGGGUGCAUGAUGACCUUUUAUAAGACGACUCCAGCUGUCUUGUUUUGGCAGUGGAUCAAUCAAUCUUUCAACGCAAUAGUAAACUAUACAAACAGGAGUGGAGACGCUCCGAUCACCGUCAGUCAGCUUGGCACAGCAUAUGUGUCUGCCACCACAGGGGCAGUUGUCACCGCACUAGGACUUAAUGCACUAACAAAGCAUGUUUCACCUUUGUUCGGACGGUUUGUGCCGUUUGCUGCUGUAGCUGCUGCUAACUGCAUCAACAUCCCACUGAUGAGACAAAGAGAACUUCAGCAUGGAAUUCCAAUCACAGAUGAGAACGACAACAGGUUAGGGGAGUCGACAAAAGCUGCACAGCAGGCUAUCUCUCAGGUCGUGGUCUCCAGAAUCCUCAUGGCGUCUCCCGGAAUGGCCAUUCCUCCGUUUUUAAUGAACCACUUGGAAAAGAAGGCCUUUCUGAAGAAGUUUCCAUGGAUGAGUGCACCUAUUCAAGUCAGCCUGGUGGGAUUCUGCCUAGUGUUUGCCACUCCCCUCUGCUGUGCAUUGUUCCCUCAGAAGAGCUCCAUGUCAGUGAGCCGAUUGGAGCCAGAGCUGCAGGAGAAAAUCAGGGCCAGCCACCCUGGAGUGGAGAGAGUCUACUUCAACAAAGGUCUAUGAGUGUGACGUGCGCUCAUCCAAACACUGCCAUAACACAGCUGCAGGUGUGCUCCUCGUCUCUCAGUCAGCCCUCCUCAUCUACUGUGCCAAAGUUAGGUUUGUGUCUCCUCAUUUCCAACAUUCACAUGGACACCUGGGGACUCCUCUCCUCUCCACUCCACUCCCUCUCCUCCCCCUCCCUCAGUCUCCUCAUAGUGGGUGUGAUUUAAAUGUAACAGAGAGAAGACUUUCUCAAUCUGGGAUACAUGACAACAUUUUAUCUUAAAAACUCUAUUGUAGAACGUAUAUAGAAAAUGGGCGUCAUCAUUUGGCCGCACAAUUUAAGUCUUGGGAAUUAGCUAAAAGUACUGUAUUAAAUAAUUAUAGUACAAAAAUAUUUUAUAUAUUAUAAAAAAUAAAAUGUGCCUGUAAAUGCAGACAUUAUGUGAGAAAAAAAACAGUAUUUUACAGCACUAUUGAAGCUGGGGUAGUUUACUAAAAGUAGCUUGAUUUCAGAAAUAUCUGUGAACAGAAGUCUGUGGAAACACUAAGCUCCCUCUCACUCUGUAUAUGAUGUCAGUAAACCUAAUAUUAGUAAACUGUUUAUUAGGAGAUUAUGGUCUCGAUUGCUAGUUUUCACACCUCAAUGUUAUAAAAUUCAGAUUUAAUACAGUGGUAAAUAAUGAUAAAGCUUGUUGUAUCGUGAUAAACAGGCCCCUCCAGUGGUCUGACUGGAAAUUACAUCUGCAAUUCAGCGGCUUUAAUUAUCUCAAGGAUUUUAUUUGCAACUAGAUAACACCAUCGUUUUCUUAUUUAAAGUCUACGGUUUUAUCCAGUGUAUUUUUUUUUAAUUUUGUCUCUUAAGCAUGUUCUACCACUGUUUCAUUUCCACACCCUCCCUUACCCGAGGUUGACAGGCUCUCUGUCCUAACAACGUUGUAAUUGGACAUAAUGUGUAUUAAUGACCAAGCUCUGCAGUUCGUACAUUUGCCAAAUGUGAUUUUUAUUGAUCGAGUGACUUUUACGGAAUCGCUGUCACUUUGUGUAACUUAAUUUUGCCAAAUGAGUAACGUUAGCCUCAGGGCUAAUGACAUUUGACAGCAAUCGUCCAGGGAUCCAGCCAAUAAAAGGUGACGCUAUAAUAAGGCCAGCCACAGAGGAGCCGACACGGUGCUAUUUGAAGUCUUUAUAAUCAGUGUAUAGUACUACCUAUUCUAACAUGCAUGAACAAACCACUACAAAUAUUUGGUCAGAGACGGACGUGACAGUUCAAUCAUCAUAUCAAGAAACCAGGUUAAAUGGUUACAUAUACGGUACAUGUAUAUAUAAAUAUAUAUGUGUGUGUAUAUAUAUGUAUAUAUACAUAUAUAGGGAGGUCGGGAGGGCCAUAGUUGAGUAUUGUCCAUGUCACAAAAGGAGAAUCUGACUUGAUGUUGCAUGGCACUUGCAAUGAUAUUAUGAAUUCAUCAACAGGCAAAAAAACAAAAAUAAAUUUAACCAUUCCUCUUUGUAACAGCUGGAGUGCUGUUUAACUCUGUCUACAACUAUAUUGUACAACAAUUGUGCUCCGUUUUUUUUAAAAACUUACAGUAUUAAGAGACAUCAAACAAAGUGGUGUCUUUAACACAGCUGGGUAUUUCCUGUAAUUAAAAUGACGUGGUCACGGUAGUUUAUCAAACAGCUGUAGAAACUCACUCAUGCCCUAUUACAGACCACUUUACCAUAUGUACAGAGCUGUUUAUCAAUACAAACAGGAGAUGGCACAUUUAAUGAAGUGUCAGGAAUUAAUUUCCAUUGUUUGUUUGUUUUUAAGUUAGGUUUAUUUGUUUACCAGUCUUAAAUGUGGAUAUCAGUAUUGACAGUUAUAAACUCCCGCCACAGAGGUUUUCAUGUAGGACACUAUUCUCAUAGACUGACCGACAACAAAUCUAAACCAACCUAUAUUAAAACAAAUAUAAAUGACAUUAAAGUCAAACUCACCAUAACGAAGAACGCCGCACAUUAGCCAGCGAUGGUUUGGCGAGCCAGUAAAUGAGUAUUCCCGCAGAAAAAGCAGCACGUCAGGCUACUCUCAUUGUUAUUUACGUCUCGCGACACCAUUUCCUUUGUCGCGCUCUAAGUUGAUUGGCUAUAAAGUGGCAGGUAAGACGAUGCGUUCAAAAAGCUCAGAAUCCGUAAACUUUGGUGCUAAUUAAUUUACUGAGUCAUACCAUGAAGAGAUUGUGGGCAUUUGAAAUUUGCUGAUCGAAAAUUAUCGAACGCUUUGUUAACCUACGCCUAGCAACGCCAUUGUAAAAGCUAAUUCAUUUUAUUUAAAAAAAGAAACGCUUGUUUACGUCUCGAGGGCCUCCUCUUUGGAGACAUUUAUUUUGACUGGUCUCUUGAUUGUACAGAGGCUUUUUAAUUUGGGAGAGCAUCCGGUAAUUUUUCAAAAUAAAACAUCUUCAGCGCCGUUUAUCAAUAAAAUAUACAUAAUGUUUUUGCGCACGACACAUGGCCCGGCGUUUGCAUUAACAGCCGCUGUACUUUACUGCACAAACUUAAUAAUUUCUUUAUCAGAGAGACUGUACAAUGUGUUCCAGAUUUAUCAUAAGACACUUUGAAAUCAGGGAUUAAAGUGAAACCACAAAUCUCAGAUUAAAAUUACUUACUUUAUCUCUUAGACCCAGUGUACGUGGAAAUAAAUCAGUCCAAUCAAUACAAUUGUUUAACAUAUUGAUUUGCCUGUGAAUUCUAACUUAAUUUCAUUGCACCUUUUGUUCAUUGACGGUGUGUGAUUUAAGUGUUUAAUGUUUUAAUUAUCUGUAAAAUAACUUAUAUAUAAACAUAGAUCUAUAAUUGUUGUUGUUAAAGAGUCUAUUUUAGAGGAUCAGUGUUUUGUGGGAGAUAAUAGUCGAAGCUGUUCUCUUGCAGGUUUAAAGUAAGGAUUGUUAUAUUAGUGUUCCAAGUAACUGAAUGUAGACGUUUACAAUUGCAGUUGUUCUGUGGUACAUCGGUCCGGGGGGGAAAAAGCACAAAAUUGUAACGGAACAGCAUUUUGCAUAUUUUAAAACUUCUUACAUCAGUGAUUUUUUUUCCUCGCUUGUUUGUGUCCAAAAAUGAUAAACAACAUCCAAAAGUUAUUUGAACUUCAACCUACCAAAACAUCACCACAGCCAAAGUGAUAAUAACACAUUUCAAAAGAUGUUAAAGAGAUCUGUUAUCAGUUUUGCCAUACACUGGGUUGAUGUGAUGUUUAGACUAAUUGGAUGAAAUAAACGGUGAUUAAAUCUUG